AUGUUCCGACUUCCUUGGAUCUCCGGGGGCGAUAAAGUGGACCCGGUUGUAGAGCCAGUUUCGAUACCAACAGCUCAGCGCAAACCUGUGGUGGAGAUACCGGUCCUGAAGAAGUUCAAGCGAAAGAGGUCGGAGAGCCCAGAAACGCAAAAGGCUCAGUUGCUGCAAAGUCCGACAAAGAGGCGUCAAGCGUCAGAUCUCGAUUCAGCGACAAGUCAACGAUGCGACAAUUGUCCGCGGAGGACAAAUGGUGUGAAGCGUGAAAAUGGAGGUGAACCGAACGGUCUGGCAUCAUCCGAGCCAGGAGAGAAGGGUCAUUUUGGCUCUGAACCGUUAGUGACAAAAGACCCUCUUUCUGUGACGCAGUUGCAGCAAGCUAUAGAAGCGGAGUUCAGCCUAGAAAUUCUUCUCAAACAUAACGAACUUCGAUUGAUCGACCAAGAACUCGCAAAGUGUCAGGUCGCCCUUGAGCAACUGCGAAGAUGCCGAAUAAUACCGUACCCAACCUUUUCCACCAACACGAAUGCGAAAGCUGUUAGCGACGGUGUCGGACCUGCCCUUACGCCGUCGCCUUACGACCUAACUCCGCAGUAUCCGCCACCCUGGGGCGUCGCCGACGGGCCAUACACUAGACAUUACGCAAAAUGGCUUAUACCGGAUCCUGCAUUUGGCGACUAUACCAAUGAAUUCCCAUUCCCUGGCUCCACUCUUCCAAGUCAAACCGCUCUGGACAGCCGAAUUACCCGUGGCAGUUUCAACGAGGGCAAUGUGGGUGGAAAGUCUUCUCGAUCUCAACGUGGUUCUGCUGGGGCGAAGCUCCAGGCUUUGUCUAAUGCUACUGUUCAACCUCGUGAGAAGGCUGGACCGCUAGUGGUGAAACGUGCUUCUGAUGGAAAGCAUGUUAAACUUGUUUGCUUAGACUGCGAGCGAGCCGACUUUUCCAGUGCCCAAGGGUUCAUCAAUCACUGCCGAAUUGCCCAUCAUCGAGGUUUUGAGAGUCACGAUGCGGCAGCUGUUGCCUGUGGGCAGGUCGUAGACAUUGAUGACGCUGGCGUUAUUGUUGGAGGAUCCGAGCCUUCGAAAGGCGGAGGUGGAAGCUUAGUGCACCCCUUGAUAAAGACAGCGCCAGCAACGAAAUUGUCAGCCAAGGAAGCUCAGGCAUUAUCACGAGUUUCAGGACGUAACGGACUGAACCGCACCGCUGUGAAGGCUGCCGAUGAGAGAGCGAAUGGCAGCACACAAGCAGGCGAUUCUUCGACCACGCCAGCGAAAACCCAAAAGAAACGCUAUGCUCAUACGCCUACGCCAAACCGUUCAAAUUCAGAUUCGCCGUUUGUGCCUUCCCCUCAAACUCCACAUCUCUCGGCGCUUAUGCAACAGAAGGGCUUUGGUGGCGAUCUCGGCGAGAUGGUUGGUCAAGCCAAAACACAGGUUGAUUUUAACGUGUAUACUAUGAGCGAUGAGGAAGAAAACGAACCUCCUUCGAAUGAACGAACUCCGAACAAGUCUCAACGCAGACAAUUCUACGGAGGUUUUGAUGGAGUUUGUGAUGAGGAUGACGACUCUUCCGUACCAAAUGGAACCCGUGUUCCCGCCAGAGCUGGCAUGUCACCAGCAACAUAUGGUCGCCCCGCUAGUCACAAAGGCCCCGACAAGCCCACUCGUAAACCAGAGUCUCUCAGCUGCAUCUCUCCGCGCCAAACGUAUGCCGCUCCUCUCAAUCUUCGUGACAGCGCCAAUCCUGCCGAGUCUUCCUCUCAUGUUAUCAAAAAUGGCGAGCAUGAGAGCAUGAUCAUGUUCGAUGGGCCGCCGCCUAUGAAUGUGAGUCCGCAUACUGUCGAGUCCAAUCAUGCUCCUAGUCUUGUCAGUGAUGACGGGGAAUACGAGGCUCACAGCGAAUCUGAGAGUCCGAGUUCUGCGGAAGCAGAUGACGAGGACGGCUUUCUCGACGUACUUGACCAAGAGGACGGAGCCUGUGGAAGUGAGACGACCGCUACGGACCCCGAACUAGCUACUGGAUCCAAGGCCAUGCCGCCGCGUCGAACGAGCAAUCUUCGAGAUCGGGUUCCAAGAGGUAAUGCCGAUGAAAGGCACGUCACCUUCCUGAGCCCUUCUCGCGACGUGAAAAAGCGGAGCAGCAGAAACGCUGGCUCCAAAUCUUAG